UUAAAAAAAUAAAUGGCGCGUCCGGUAGUAUCGCGAGUUUACCUCGGCUCGUUGGCGUGAACUAAGUUGCUUCAUCCCGGGAACAGAAACGUUUCAAUUUAGCUAGCUAACUGUUACGCCUCCUUCAGUUAUACCGUAAAGUUAAGUAUUUACUUGAUGGCAUAUUAACUUUACUUCAGCUCUAGACUAACGUCGGUUUACAGGUAUCUGGUAGCUUAGCUACAGUUCUAUUUUAUGUUUUAGUCCCCAGCGUCCGAAAUGUGUGGAUGCUAACGGCAGCUCGCUCGCAAGUUAGUCGCAGUUGUUUGAAAACCAUCGGUAUUUAUCCAUAAAGAAAAAUGUCUGCGGAGCAGAGGACAAGCUGGAUACUGACAGGCACUACUGUCGCUUGUGUAACCGCUCUGUAUGUUCCCUGUGUGCAGAGAACUGUUCCCGGUGGAGACUCAGGAGAGCUGAUCACCACUGCUUGUGAGCUGGGGGUGGCCCAUCCUCCAGGAUACCCUGUCUUUACCCUACUAGCUCGCCUGGCUAUGUGUCUUCUGCCCUCACUUUCUCCAGCCCACAGUGUCAACAUGAUGAGUAGCCUGCUGGGGGCUGCAGCUUGCGGUGCCCUCUGCAUUACUGUCUGCAGGUUGGCAGGCCCUGGCCCCGGAGCAGUACUGGCUGGAGGGCUGUUCGCUGUGUCCAGGCUGAGCUGGCAGUGGUCCAUGGUGGCAGAGGUCUUCGCCCUCAACAACCUUUUUGUUGGUCUGCUCUUCUUUUUGUCUGCCAGCUUCCACUGUACUGAAAACGCCACCCAGAGGGGGAAGAUUGCACAUUGGGGAGCGCUGUGCUGUGGCUUGGGGCUCUGUAACCAGCACACUCUGGUGCUGUAUGUACUGGUCAUCAUUCCCUGGGUCCUUCACCGACUUUACUCUCUCAGGGAGCUGUCUUUGCGGGGACUUGUGUCUCUGGGAGUGUGUUUCCUUGCUGGCUUUCUGCCGUACAUCUACCUGCCCAUCUCCUCCUACCUCAACACAGCCCGUUGGAGCUGGGGGGAUCAGACCACCCUGUCUGGCCUGCUGACCCACCUGCUGAGGGCUGAAUAUGGCACCUUCAGUUUGGCAAAGACGGAGAGCUCAGUAAACCUGACUUUAAUGCUAAAGGCCCAGUUGGACCACUGCCUGGAAGACCUUUCACUUCCUGUUCUGGUGCUGGCAGGAAUAGGCCUUCUCCUCUCCUCAUGGGACAGGAUGUGUCGCUCAGUGUCCUGGCUGCUGACUGCCAUGCUGGUGGUCUACUCACUGUUUUUUGCUUGGAGAGCCAACCUGGACAUCAGCAGACCCCUACUGCUUGGAGUGGUUGAGCGUUUCUGGCUCCAGAGUGAUGCUGCAGUGUGUGUGCUGGCAGGCCUCGGCUUGAGCCGGACACACACUGAGCUGGAGAGGAGGCUGGGCUGUGGGGGGGUGUGGAAGACCACAGGCUGGGUCCUCACCAUGGCUGUGCUGGCACAUAUGGUGCACACCAAUCACAGGGAGUGCGAUCAGAGCAGAAACCGUGUGGUCGAGAGGUUCGGCAGGGAGCUUCUGGCCUCCUUCCCAACAGACUCAAUCAUCCUGACUAGAGGAGAUCUGCCUGGAAACUCCCUGCGCUACUUAUACUACUGCCAGGGUGUACGGCCCGAUGCACGUCUGGUCGACCAGGAGAUGAUGACGUACGCUUGGUAUGUGGCCAAGCUGGCGCAGCACCACCCUGGGGUGCACUUUCCUGGCCGCUGGUGGGACCCGGUCCACCCCGAGGAUAAAGACACCUUCAGUCUGGAGCAGUUUCUGUCCCACAACACACAUAGGCAUGUGUUUGCCUGCAUUGGGCUGCCUGAUGGAGACCCAAGCUGGGGACAUAGUUUUUCUCGUUGGCCCAUGGGUGUCUGUGACUACUUGGUGCCAGCUCAGAGGCAGUUUCACCCUGAAAAGUGGGUCCAUCGAACUCGCAACAUCUACAACUGGAGUGAGCCACACAACAGUUUCCAUCCUGCAUCCUGGGAGCGUGUUGCAAAUGAGGAGAUGUGGCAAGCCAGGAUGAAGACUGCUUUCUUUCUGUUUGACCUGGCAGAAAGGAUGCAAGGAGAAGGGAAAGCUCGCCUCUUUGAGCUGUCUUAUACUCUGUAUAAGGAGAUUGUCGAAGCCCACUCAGACUACCCUCCAAACUGGGACAAGAACUUGGCACUGGCCUGUGAGAGGCUGCUACGCUCAGGUCACCGGGGCUACAGUCCAGACAGCCUGCUGACCUGCAGCACCCAGCACUUUAGUCUCUACUUAGAGAAGGAACCCACAGAUCCCCAGACCCCGGCCAUACGCUCGGCCAUUACUAACCUGCUCAAAGAGAGAGAUGAGCUCCGCCAGAGCCGGAGGCAAACCCCAUAACAACCUGGAGAGACCUACAUUGAGCUGGAACACUCAGUGUGCCGCAAGCCCAGCCGAAGUGCAAGGCACUGGGGACGAAGUCUGAGCCAAUGUGCCUCUUCUUUUGGUUUAAAGGUGGUGCUCCAGAACGAUAAAAU